GCGCAGCGUGGCUCUCCGGCUGCACAGCGUGGGCUCUCUCUGAAUCAUAUAGUCAGAUGACUUUCAUUACGGCCGCGGAACGCAGUUGGAGCAUUCUGUCAAUGCAGCAGAGAGCGAAGAGCGCGGAGACGAGCUGAGCUGCGCGUUUGGACACAUUUAUCCCGAGUGCGUCUUCCGCUCGAUCCACCUGCCGGCGCGCAGGGAGCCCGUGGAGGGAUGUCGCGAUGUUGUGCACAAGGAGAACUAAAACUUUGGUGUCAACGUGCGUGAUCCUGAGCGGCAUGACCAACAUCGUGUGCCUGCUGUACGUCGGCUGGAUCACCAACUAUGUGGCCAACACCGGGGGCAAAGUUGCGGAGAUCGGCGGCGGUGGCGGGGAGACGGACAGAAAGUUGGAGGAGGACGGCAAAGGGGAAACGCUGAGGAUUAUGGAGCGCCUGGAGCGUCUGGAGAGCGUCGUGAACGAGCACAUCAAAGAAACCCCCCCGAAGGACGGUGAAGAAGCAGCGUCUUCCUCAGACUCUGCCGCAGACCCCGCCGCCUCACUGUUCAAUCACUGGGGUCGUGACCUGGGCCCAGAGAGCCGACGCGUCGCGCUCAAAAAGUUCCGUUACUUCGGAUACAACGGCUACCUGAGCGACCGCAUCUCCCUCACCAGGCCCAUUCCAGAUUUACGACCGGACGGAUGCAGAAACAUGUCUUAUUCGUCAGACCUUCCUCAGCUCAGUGUAAUCUUCAUCUUUGUCAACGAGGCGCUGUCAGUUUUAUUACGCUCCAUUCACACGGUCAUCCAGAGGACACCGUCCUACCUCCUUAAAGAGAUCAUACUCGUGGACGACAACAGUAACAGCUUGGAGCUGAAGGAGCACUUGCAGAGCUUUGUGGACGAGACAAACGCUCAGCAUGGCCCGGGGUUCAUCAAAGUGGUCCGCCACGCCAAGCAGGAAGGACUGAUCCGGUCCAGAGUCAGCGGAUGGAGGGUGGCCACUGCUCCUGUGGUUGCUCUAUUCGACGCACACGUAGAAUUCAACACUGGAUGGGCAGAACCGAUCCUGCAGAGAAUAAAGGAGGACAGAACCAGAUUGGUCUUGCCUUCCUUUGACAACAUCAAGUAUGACACAUUUGAGAUUGAGGAGUACCCCCUGUCUGCUCAGGGUUUUGACUGGGAGCUUUGGUGUCGAUACCUCAACCCACCAAAGUCCUGGUGGAUGCUACGCAACCACACAGCUCCCAUCAGGAGUCCUGCCCUGAUUGGCUGCUUUGUGGUUGACAGAAAAUACUUUGAGGAGAUCGGCCUGCUCGACGAAGGGAUGGAAAUUUAUGGUGGAGAAAAUGUGGAGCUCGGCAUCAGAGUGUGGCAAUGUGGGGGCAGCGUGGAGGUCCUGCCCUGCUCCAGGAUCGCCCACAUCGAGCGUGCUCACAAACCCUACACAGAGAACUUGACAGCCCACGUGCGCCGCAACGCUCUGAGAGUGGCUGAAGUGUGGAUGGACCAGUACAGGAGUCACGUCUACAUGGCCUGGAACGUUCCACUUCAGAACUCAGGGAUAGACAUCGGGGACAUUUCUGAGAGGAAGGCCCUGCGGUCCCGACUCAGAUGUCGACCGUUCAGCUGGUUCCUCUCCAACAUCUACCCAGAGCUGCGCUCGUACAGCGACACUGUUGCUUAUGGAGUGUUAAAGAACAGUCUGAGAGAUGAGCUAUGUUUGGACCAGGGACCAGACUCUGAUAACAUUCCCAUCAUGUAUCUUUGUCAUGGAAUGACACCCCAGCAGAAUGUGUACUUCACCAGCUCCCAGCAGAUUCACCUCGGCGUUCUCAGUCCAACCAUCGAUGACGACGAUAACAAGUGUCUGGUGGAUGUGAACAGCAGGCCCAGGCUGCUGGAGUGCAGCUACGCAGCCACCAAACACAUGAAGCUCACCUGGACUUUUGCUCAGGGGGGAGCCAUCCAGAAUAUUGAGUCUCAGCGUUGUCUGGAGCUGGUGGAGAGCAAGCAGUCAGCGUUCACCUUCCAGCUGGCCAUUCAGGACUGCACUGGUCAGAAAUGGACCAUCACAAACAUUUUGACUGUCCUACCACAGUGAACUCUGUCAGGGUGGCGUUAUGACACACAUAAAGAAACUAUUAGAGUCCAAACAUGCAGGGGACUUUAAAAAAAUAAAAAUUAAAAAUUAACUCUGGAUGAGUUUUUACCCAGAAACUGGACAAGAAUACACGUGCUUCAAUCAUGGCCGGACCAUCAGUUACUUAACAACCUUUUUCUAAAUGAAAUGAACAAGGAGACACUCACAGAUGGAGCAGAUGCUGUCAAAGCUAUUAAGCCUGCCAUUAAAAUGAGAUGUAUUAUGGUUUGUUCGAGGGGAAAGGCUCAUGAAACCAUGGAAGCAGACUGUUUAUUGCAGGAGCUUUGUUAUUUUGGGUCCCUGUCAGUUUGAGAUGGUGCCUCGAACCCCAUCUGUCUCUUUGCAGAAUCAACAAAACAAGGUGUAUGACCAUAAUUCCAAAAUGUCUGAGUGUAUAGAUAGUUGGGGGACUGAGCAGAAAACCUGCUAGAAUGCAAAGCAGCUGAUGUUUUUGCACAAAUCAAACAUGGAAGGCAGUCAUUAGUCGUUAUUGUCCUGUUUGACGUAAGAUUGAAGACAUCAAAGAAGCUCUAAAGUCUGUCUGUAACACAAAAACUUGACAAAGUGUAAUGCUGAGCAACGACAGAGUGAUUUAAACUCGCAGCAUGAUAGAAACUCUGCCCCCUCAGACGUUUUAUAGUGCAUUUCAAAACUAGAUGAAAGUCCUGCAGGGACCGCACACGUGUGGUCAGAGACAAAGACUUUGAUGCAACUUUAUGAAACAUCUGGGUAACCCUGUUGUGAUCAUGAAGACCAACUCAAUUGGAAACUGGGCAGCAAAGACCUGAACUCAUAAGGAUUUCAGAAAAAAUAAACAUUUUAUGAAGGACCCAAUUUUCUCUCAAAACUGGCCAUAAAAAAGAAAGAAGUUACACUUGAAACAAUGAAACUUUUUAUUUUGUAGCACUUAUUGACAUAAAAUGUCAGAGGAGCUAAUUUUUAUUUCAGUAAUAUAAUUUCACAGUGAACUUUGUUUCUGACAUACAACUUCUUCAUUGUGGAACAUUAUGCAGCUGAAUGACCAAAUGAAAACCCAUUUUCAGAUUCAUGGUAUCGGCCUCCUAAUUUUUCUUUAGCAAGAUUCUUUUGGAAGAGAAACAUAAUCCCCACCUCAUGGAGCCCACCCAUCAACAGUCACUGAACAGUUCCAUCCAUCCAUCCAUUUUCUGAUCACCCUUCGUCCCUAAUGGGGUCGGGAGGGUUGCUGGUGUCUAUCUCCAGCUGCGUCCCGGGCGAGAGGCGGGUUCACCCUGG